AUUCCGAUAUUAUAUCAGUAGCCUCAGUAGGUACUAGGUAUUUCAGUUAUAAUAAGAAGUGGUCAAGUACAUCAUAAAAUCUGCUUGUCGCUAGAUCUAAUUCUUCUUAAUCUUUUAAAAAUGCCUCAUUUUAGAAUAGAAACGAAUGUGCCGAAGUCAAAAAUUCCACAAGAUUUCGUGACGAAAGCUGUGCCGAUUCUGGCUAAAUCUCUUGGAAAGCCAGAACAGUAUUGUGUAGUGUCUGUCAUUCCGGAUCUGCCAAUGAGUUUUGGUGGCUCCACUGAACCUUGUGCUAUUGCUAAUCUUAUGUCUAUUGGAGCUCUUGGUGUUGAACAAAAUAAAAAACAUGCUAAAAUACUCUUUGACCUAGUAGAAAAAGAAUUGGGUAUCUCCCAGGAUAGGAUGUACAUAACUUUUCAAGAUAACCCUACUGGCAAUGUUGGAUUUAAAGGCACAACUUUCCAUGCAUUGUUUGGAUAAAAAAAAACUAAGUUUAACACCCAGGAUCCUUAAAUUAAGAUAUUAAUAUUAAAAUUUUAUUCUAUAAAUUAUAAUAUCUCAUUGAAAUAAAUCAUUAAUUGAA